AUGUUGACUCUUACAGGAAUCUUGGAAAAUAUAUCCCCGGGGAUCUGUCUAUCCGUGCUUUUCAUUUUGAUCAUAUGCCAUGGGCUUUAUAUUUCGCUGCUGGGUCCAUUAUCCCACAUUCCCGGUCCUCUUCUAGGAAAGUUUUCGUCGCUAUGGAUCGUGCUUCAAUGCCGAUUUGCAAAGCGCUCUGAGUCUGUUCUGAAACAACACAAGAAGCAUGGAAAGUUUGUCCGCAUUGCGCCAAACCACGUCUCGAUAUCAACCCGUGAAGCUUUGGAGACAAUAUAUGGACAUAAUUCUGGUUUCGCCAAGGGUCCCUUCUAUGAAGAUAAGUCGGUUGAACCAGUUCUAUUCAAUACCAGAGAUCAACGUAUCCACCAACGCAAGAAGAAGUAUUUGAGCCCAGCCUUCUCUGCGAAGAAUUUGCAUGAGUAUGAGCCGUAUAUGACGAGGACAAUUGGGAAGUUCAUGGCUUGUCUGAAUCGUCAAACAGCGGUCUCUGACCAGGCUCAAAUUGAUUUUAAUGUGUAUUCAAAUUACUUGGCGUUCGAUGUCAUAAGUGACUAUUCAUUUGGAAAAUCAUUUGGAUUCCUCGACAAAGAAGAGGACUAUAUUAACCUCAUUGCUACCAUCGAUGCAAGAGGAGAGGUUCUAAAUGCCCUAGGCCAUCUCCCACAAUUCAUCAGACCGAUGAUGAAGUAUUUCCUCUUCGAUCCUUUCUGGCCCAAGGGCUUGCGGGCUACCUCGAAGCUAGCUUCAAUUGGCAAACAUGCCUAUUACCAACGCAAAGACUCGGAAGACUCGCGAAAAGAUCUACUGAGUUUUCUAUUCAAAGCCAAGGACCCAGAAACAAAAAAGCCACUAACAGAGCAAGAGAUCAUUGCCGAGUCCAUCUCUUUCAUUGUUGGCGGCAGCGAUACCACAAGUACGACAAUGACAAAUAUUGUGGAUAUCGUCUCACGCCUGCCCAAUAUAAAAAAGCAGCUCCAAUUGGAACUGGAUACUGCAUAUCCAGGUCGCAUGUCAGAUAACUGGGUCGCCGAUUCCCAGACCGUGAAUCAACUUCCAGUUCUUAAUGCCGUGGUUCGAGAGACAAUGCGGCUUAAGCCUACUAGCUCCACAGGGCUAGAGCGGGUAGUACCAGCUGGAGGAAAGAUCAUUGCAGGAAAGUUCAUUAAUGAAGGAACCCUCGUGAGUGUGCCUACCUUGAGUAUUCAUCAUGACUCUGCAAUUUUUGCUGAGCCAGGCAAAUUUGAAAUUUCGCGGUGGAUGAAUGGUAGUGCUUCUGAGUCUCUGGAUUCAUUUUAUCCGUUCUCAUUGGGGCCCCGAGCUUGUAUAGGAAGAAACUUUGCAUGGAUGGAGAUUCUGAAAACCCUAGCAACACUCUUUAAGUUAUUUGACAUUCAGAGAGCGUGUCCUGUCGAAACACAGGUGCGAGAAGGCUUCUUUGUCAAGAAUAGCGAGUGUCAAGUGAGAAUCACGCGUAGACGUGGAUGUGAAGAGAUCCGCUAG